AUGAAACCCCUCCCCAGAACUCGACCGUCGCCGUCCACCGGGGCCGGAGACGGUUGGUCCGAGGAGGCAACAUUCACACUCAUCGACGCAUGGGGCAAACUUUACAAGACGCUUAGUCCUAAAAACUUCCGUCAGUAUCACUGGAAGGAGGUUGCAAAAGCCGUCAACGACAAUCACGGCUUCGUCAGAAAAGCGCGCCGCACUUACGAUCAGUGCAAAAGCCGCAUCAACUCGCUCAAGAAGACAUACACUACCGAGAGAGCUAGGGUUUCUGAUUCCAGCGAUUACGACGACGCAUGGCCGUUUUUCGACAAGAUAAAUUCCAUCAUUGGGGAUCUUUUUCCGGCGAAGAAGCUAUCGUUAUCGCCUCCGUCUGUCACUCCUGUUAAGGCUUCGGCAUGGGCGCUCGCUCCGGUUGGUCGUCGAUCUCGUACGCAGAGUCAGAGCACUCAGAAACGACCUGUGCUGGAAAUAACAUCGCCUUCGGAGAGCUUGGAUGAAUCACGUUUUCACCAGAAUUUAGCUGCCUUUGCUGCAGCUGCUGCUGCAGCCGCGGAAGAAGAGGUUGAUGAAUCAAAUUCCGAUAAUUCGGAUUCAGAUGAGUGGGAGUUGAGCUAUGAGAGCAAGAAGAGGAAGAAGGGAAGAAAUGAUGUGGAAUUAGGGCACAGAGAGGUUGCAAGUGCUGCCGAGAAGUUUAGUGAAAUACAUGAGAGAGUGGACGCAUCAAAGCAGAGAAAAAAUGUGGCUUUGGAGAAACAAAAGAUGCAUUUUUCAAAGGAUUCUCAGAGGAUGCAGCUGCUUAAAACCAACCACUCAAAACACAUGGAUGAUCUGUUAGCUCACUCCCGAAGUGGUUUAGAUACUCUGUCUACCAACAGAAAGCGUAAACGUGGUCCCACACAAAUGAAAAAGUUAGCACCUAUUGAUGGACAAAGGAUACCGAUUGAAUUUGAUCAAUUAACUGGUAAACCGUCGGGGGAAAACAAAACAAAGUUCAAGAGUUAUUUGGGUUUCCUUAGUCGAAGCAAAAUCAGUAUUUUGCCGAAUGAAUGGGAUUCUGUAGAUGAGAACGUGAAGGAUGACAUUUGGACAACCAUCUUGGAAGUAUGGGAUGUUCCUAAUUCUGGGUUCUUACGAAAGAAAUUGAUGUCGUAUGUGGGUGAACGUUGGAGGGGAUUUAAGACUCAUUUGACUUCCAAAUAUGUACAUGGAGAUCAUAGUGAUAAAUCUCCUCUUGAGGUCUAUAGUUUUCUCACUGAAGAAAUAUGGGAGGCAUUUGUUGAAAUGCGAUUAGAUCCUUCCUUUCAGGAGAAAAGAAAGAAAGCGCAAAUCAGUUCGGCUCUAAACAAACACCCUCAUAGAUUGUCUCGUGGGGGAUACGAGUUGCUUCAGGAGAAGAUAAUGCAAGAGAAAUUAAAACAAAAUUAUGAAUCAUUAGGAGAUACGGUAGCUACACCUCCAUCUCCACCAACCCGCCAUGAACAAUGGAAGAAAGCUCGACAAAAUGCAUCAGGAGAUUUCAUAACAGAGGACACACGCAUUAUUGCCGAGAAAAUUGAUUCUCUUGUUGAAAAAACAUCUCAAGGAGCUUUUAUUCCACAAGGACGUAAAGAUAUUUUGGCAGAAGCCAUUGGCCGACCUGAGCACUCUGGUGGUGUUCGUGGUGUUGGUCGUGGUAUCGGUAUUCGACAAUACUUUGGACCACAUUCACGUGAAGCCUCCACUCCACCUGUUUUUAGUAGCCUACAACUAGAGACAAUAAAAGUGGAGCUUACUCAACAAAUUAGAGAGCAAUUGAUGCAGGAUUUGUCAUCUAUGGGUUUCUCUAAGAAUUUCCCAACUUAUUCUCCUAAUACCACUGUGCCUGCAAGCCCGAAAGGUAAUCACUCCAUUGAGCUGCCUAUACCAGAGGAGGAUGAAAUCCCAAAACAAUGUGAACUGUACGUUGAUAAUUUAAUUCAUGCCGUGGCCUUUGGUAAUGUUUACAAGUUAGGGCCCGCCAUACAUAAUCAAAUGCUAGAAAAUGAUAUGGUGAGGGUGGUGGUUAACGAGGUCCUAGAUGCAAAUGUUCCAGUGCCUAUGCCCACAGAUGAAGUGGAAACGGUUGGGCAUGCCCUUAACAAUUUCAUUCAAUGGCCGAAAAGACUUGUGCAGAUUAUAAUUGAUAAGGAUGCUGAUGGUUCUGCGGAAGAGGACCUUUCAGCUAAAAGGUUGGACCCUCUACUAGAUUCCAUUCAACAAUUGGUUUUAAAGGCAAUGUGUAUGUCAGAAUCUAUAAAGCUCGAAUUGGAACAUGAUAGGAUGAAGUUUCUCUGGCUCUCACAGAGAGAUAUUAUGGAAUUGUGUAUGGGUAAACAAGAGUUAUCCAUAACCAUUCUUCGGUUGUGGUUAACGUAUUUGAAUCGCCUUUCUAUUAAUGCGGGUAAGAGUGACUUGUAUGGAUUUAUUGAUCCAUGUUUUAUUCAAAGUCCACAUGAUCCAACUAAAGCUGUUGCCUACGUACAAAAUAAAUUAUAUGAUGAUAAAAAAGAGUGUUAUCUAGCUCCUUAUCACAACAAUCGUCAUUGGCAAUUGCUCGUUAUUUGUCCUAGGAAGAAUCAUGUAGUAUUCCUAUGUUCGAAGGAAAGAAAGCCAGAUAAUAAUAUUAUUCACACUAUAGAUUCUGCUUUGGAUGGAUAUCAUAAGCUGCAAGGUCUUCAAAAGAAGAAGCCAACAUGGAAUGUCCCAGUAUGUCAAAGACAGUCUGGUAUUUAUGAAAGCGGCUACUAUAUUAUGAUACAUAUAUUGAACAUUGUAUCUGAUGGUAUUAUUGAUCCAUGGAAGAAGAAGGUAUUUGGUAAUUCAGAACCAUUCCAUGAGGAUGAACUUAUAAAUGUUCGACAACGUUUUGCUAGUUUUAUUCUUGAGUAUAUUCUAUAA